ACAUCUUCCUCAAAAUUUAUAGAAGCCAAGAGGGCAUAUGCAAGUAAGAAAUGAUGUAAAAAGGGGAGAUGGAUCUAAUUGGACAAUAAAUGAUGUAAACCAACUCCUCUAUUCUGCUUGAUUCAUCAUCCCAAAGCUCUCCACACUCAUCAUUUCCCUCAAAAGUAGCUGGUUCUUAAUCCUCAUUGACAAAACCAUGGGCAACAUUUGCUCCAUUUCACUCCCCGUUGACCGCAUUGUCUCUAGCUUCUGGGAUGGCACUACUGAGCAUGCAAAUUACCUGCGCAAACUCCCUGAAAAUCUGGUAGAAUUGGGAACCGCUUGUGAAAGAUUGAGGGAGUUAAGGAACGAUGUGAAGAAGAAGGUGGAUAUUGCUGAGAGGGAACAAAUGCAGCCGCUGGACCAAGUACAAGGGUGGCUUUCAAGGGUUGAAACUCUGGAAACUCAAGUCACUCAACUGAUUGGAGAUGGCACCGAGGAGGUUGACAAGAAAUGUCUCGAUGGUUCCUGUCCUAGGCAUUGUAGGACCAGAUACAAGUUGGGGAAGAGAGUAGCUAGAAAGUUGAAAGAAGUGGACAUUCUAAUGAGCCAAAGACCUUCGGAUGUGGUGGCUGAGAGGUUACCUUCACCUCGCCUAGGUGAAAGGCCUAGUGAAGCAACCGUCGGCAUGAAUUCCAGAAUUGGUAAGGUUUGGAGCAGCCUUCAUCAAGAACAAGUGGGAAUUAUCGGCCUAUAUGGAUUAGGAGGAGUUGGGAAAACCACCCUCUUAACCCAAAUCAAUAAUGCUUUUACUAAAAGAACCCAUGAUUUUGAUUUUGUGAUCUGGGCAACAGUUUCCAAAAAUGUAAACCUUGAAAACAUUCAGGACGACAUCUGGAAGAAGAUAGGGUUUUGUGAUGAUAAAUGGAAAAACAAAAGUCGAGAUGAGAAAGCUACGAGCAUAUGGAGAGUCCUGAGCGAAAAGAGGUUUGUGCUGUUGCUAGAUGAUUUAUGGGAGUGGUUGGAUUUAUCAGACGUCGGGGUCCCAUUCCAAAAUAAGAAAAAUAAGAUAGUAUUCACCACUCGAUCAGAAGAGGUGUGCGCUCAAAUGGAAGCUGAUAAGAAGAUCAAAGUGGAAUGCCUAACAUGGACAGAAUCCUGGGAAUUGUUACGAAUGAAGCUUGGAGAAGACACUCUCGAUUUCCAUCCUGAUAUACCAGAACUCGCUCAAGCCGUUGCACAAGAGUGUUGCGGUUUGCCACUUGUGCUAACUACCAUGGGCAGGGCCAUGGCUUGUAAGAAGACACCGGAGGAAUGGAAGUAUGCAAUAAAAGUGUUACAAAGCUCUGCCUCAAAAUUUCCAGGUAUGGGGAACAAAGUGUUUCCUCUUUUAAAAUACAGUUAUGAUUGCUUACCCAUCGAAGUUUCCAGAUCUUGCUUCUUGUAUUGUUCUCUAUAUCCGGAAGAUUAUAAGAUGUCAAAAUCAAGUUUGAUAAACCGUUGGAUUUGUGAAGGCUUUUUAGAUGAAUUUGAUGACAGGGAAGGAGCAAAAAACCAGGGUUACAACAUUAUUGGCACUCUGAUUCAUGCAUGUCUAUUAGAAGAAGCUGAUGUUGAUUAUCGAGUAAAACUGCAUGAUGUAAUACGUGAUAUGGCAUUGUGGAUAGCUUGUGAAACUGGGAAGGAGCAGGACAAGUUCUUGGUGAAGGCCGACAGUACGUUAACUGAAGCUCCUGAAGUUGCUAGAUGGAUGGGGCCAAAAAGGAUUUCACUGAUGAAUUACCAUAUUGAGAAACUAACAGGGUCUCCCGAUUGCCCCAAUCUCUUAACUUUGUUUCUUCGGAAUAAUAAUUUGAAGAUGAUCUCUGAUAGUUUCUUCCAGUUUAUGCCAAAUCUAAGAGUUUUAGACUUGUCAAGGAAUACUAUGACUGAAUUACCACAGGGAAUCUCUAAUUUGGUUUCAUUACAGUAUCUCAGCCUAUCAAAAACCAACAUAAAAGAGUUGCCAAUUGAGUUGAAGAACCUGGGUAACUUGAAAUAUGAAAAUUCAUGCCAAUGA